GGAGGACUGGGACGAGAUUGAGCACCGCAGUGACAGGCGAAGAAGAAGAACCGGGGAGGCGGCGGCCGCAUCGUGGCUCUCUCACCGCGGGUAUGUCCGAGAGAUUCUCCGGGCGAGGUUGAACUCCUGCAUUCCCCUAAAGAGGAAUCGAUGAAAAUGUCCGUGUGCGUCCAUGAGAACCGGAAGUCCCGGGCCAGCACCGGCUCCAUGAACAUCUACCUGUUCCACAAGUCGUCGUACGCCGACAGCGUGCUCAUGCAUCUCAACUCCCUGCGGCAGCAGCGUCUGUUCACCGACGUGCUUCUCCACGCCGGCAGCCGCUCCUUCCCGUGCCACCGCGCCGUCCUGGCCGCCUGCAGCCGCUACUUUGAGGCCAUGUUCAGCGGCGGGCUACGCGAGAGCCAGGCCAGCGAGGUAGACUUCCACGACUCGGUCCACCCGGAGGUGCUGGAGCUGCUGCUGGACUACGCGUACACGUCGCGGGUGGUCAUCAACGAGGAGAACGCCGAGUCGCUGCUGGAGGCCGGCGACAUGCUGGAGUUUCAAGACAUCCGCGACGCCUGCGCAGAGUUCCUGGAGAGGAACCUUCACCCGUCCAACUGCCUGGGAAUGCUGCUGCUCUCUGACGCCCACCAGUGCACCAAGCUGUCGGAGCUCUCCUGGAGCAUGUGCCUCAGCAACUUCCCCGCCAUUUGCAAGACGGAGGACUUCCUACAGCUGCCCAAAGACAUGGUGGUGCAGCUUUUGUCCCACGAGGAGCUGGAGACCGAGGACGAGCGGCUGGUAUACGAAGCCGCCCUGAACUGGAUCAACUACGACCUGGAGAGGCGCCACUGCGACCUCCCGGAACUCCUCGGGACGGUCCGCCUGGCCCUGCUGCCGGCCAUCUUUCUGAUGGAGAACGUCUCCACCGAGGAGCUGAUCAACGCCCAGGCCGGGAGCAAGGAGCUGGUGGACCAGGCCAUCCGCUGUAAGUUGAGGAUCCUGCAGAAUGACGGCGUGGUCAACAGUCAGUGCGCCCGCCCCCGCAAGACCAGCCACGCCCUCUUCCUCCUCGGCGGCCAGACCUUCAUGUGCGACAAGUUGUAUCUGGUGGACCAGAAGGCCAAGGAGAUCAUUCCCAAGGCAGACAUUCCCAGCCCGAGGAAGGAAUUCAGCGCCUGCGCCAUCGCCUGUAAGGUCUACAUCACGGGGGGGCGGGGCUCGGAAAACGGCGUCUCCAAAGACGUCUGGGUCUACGACACGGUCCACGAGGAAUGGUCCAAAGCGGCGCCCAUGCUCAUCGCCCGGUUCGGCCACGGCUCGGCCGAACUCAAGCACUGCCUGUACGUGGUCGGCGGUCACACGGCGGCCACCGGCUGCCUGCCCGCCUCGCCGUCCGUGUCGCUCAAACAAGUGGAGCAGUUCGACCCGGCGGCCAACAAGUGGACCAUGGUGGCGCCCCUGAGGGAGGGCGUGAGCAACGCGGCUGUGGUCAGCGUCAAGCUCAAGCUCUUCGCCUUCGGGGGCACCAGCGUCACCCACGACAAGCUGCCCAAGGUCCAGUGCUACGACCCCCAGGAGAACCGCUGGACCGUGCCGGCCUCUUGCCCGCAGCCGUGGCGCUACACCGCCGCCGCCGUCCUGGGCAACCAGAUCUUCGUCAUGGGCGGCGACACAGAGUUCUCGGCGUGCUCGGCCUACAAGUUCAGCAGCGAGAGCUACCAGUGGACUAAAGUGGGCGACGUGACGGCCAAGCGCAUGAGCUGCCAGGCGGUGGCGUCCGGGAACAAACUCUACGUGGUGGGGGGCUACUUUGGCACGCAGCGCUGCAAGACCUUGGACUGCUACGACCCCACGCUGGACGCGUGGAACAGCAUCACCACGGUGCCGUACUCCCUCAUCCCGACAGCCUUCGUCAGCACCUGGAAGCAUCUGCCCGCCUGAAGUCCGCCCGCCUGCCGCUGGACCCGCUCCCUAAGAUCUCCUUUGGCUUUUUGUUUUGUUUUUCACCACCUACUGAACUCUCGACUGUGACGAGGCAUUCCGAGAGAAGACCCCUGAGAUGGAUGCUGGACCAAAAAAAAAAAAAAGAGAGAGAGAACCAAA